UUUAGUAAAUCGUCUACCUUAUUUUCAUUGAUAUUUGGGACUGCAAUGGCUACAAUAAUAUUGAACGCGAAUGAGGAGAAUCUACGGUACAGCGAAACGAUCUCUGCUCGCAACUAGGCGAAAAAGACAAUACUUAAGUGAUGAUGACUCCGAUGAAGAAGAUGAGACUUGCUUGGAUGAAAUGCCACUGAUGUAUAACAAUGAAGUAAGCUUUAAAAUGGAUGAGAGCGAUUCUCUUGUCAACAGAAGACGAUACCGAAACCAGUCCAGAUUAGGACAGAUCAUCAAUGAUGGAUGGGAGAGCACAUGUGGAAGAUGUUGGGAAAGAUUGUGCAAUAGAAGGAAAGAGUAUCAUCCUAGAAAUGUCCCAAUAGGACUUCAGAGAUCCUCAGAUGAGAAGUAUCCAAAAAAUGUCAUCCGCAAUCAGAAGUACAGCAUCUUCACAUUCAUACCAAAGGUAUUAUUUGAACAGUUUAAGUUUUUCUUAAACCUGUACUUUCUUGUGAUGGCACUGUCCCAGUUUAUACCAGAGAUCAGAAUUGGAUACCUGUACACCUAUUGGGGGCCUCUGGGAUUUGUCAUAUUUGUGACAAUGUGUCGAGAGGCCCUGGAUGAUUACAGAAGGUACAGACGUGACAAGGAAGCUAACUCCCAGAAAUUCCGCAAGCUGACCAGAGAUGGAAUGGUUCCAGUGCCCAGUAGUAACAUCAAAGUCGGGGAUCUCAUUGUGGUAGACAAGAACCAGCGGGUGCCAGCAGACAUGAUUUUCUUGAGAACGACUGAGAAAACAGGUGCUUGUUUCAUCAGAACAGAUCAGCUGGAUGGAGAGACGGACUGGAAACUGAAACUAGCAGUACAGAGUACUCAGAAACUCCAGACCAGUGUGGACAUCCUGGAUAUCCAUGCAGAGGUUUAUGCAGAGGCCCCACAGAAAGAUAUCCACAGUUUUGUUGGGGUCUUCAAAAGGUAUGAUGAACCUGUAGAAGACUCACUGAGUGUUGAGAACACGCUUUGGUCCAAUACAGUAGUGGCUUCAGGCUCAGCCCUCGGGGUAGUGAUAUAUACAGGGGCGGAGACACGCAGUGUGAUGAACACUUCUCAACCUCCAUCAAAGGUUGGCCUGCUGGACCUGGAGGUGAACACCCUGACCAAGCUGCUGUUUUCUGCUGUCCUCGUCCUGUCUGUGGUCAUGCUGGCUCUGAAGGGUUUUGAAGGGCCCUGGUACAGAUAUCUGUUUAGAUUUAUUCUUCUGUUUUCUUACAUCAUACCCAUAAGUUUGCGAAUCAAUCUAGAUAUGGGCAAGGCAGCAUAUUCAUUUAUGAUUCAAAAGGAUAAAGCAAUCCCAGAAACCAUCGCCCGUAGUACCACAAUUCCAGAGGAACUGGGUCGAGUUAGCUACCUCAUGUCUGAUAAGACGGGCACACUCACUCAAAAUGAAAUGGUUUUCAAAAAGUUACACUUAGGUACUGUGUCAUUCACGCCCGAGACAAUGGAUGAGGUGCAAUCCCAUUUGAGGACUACAUUUGCCCAACAACAGAAGGAGCCCCAGUCCUCACAACAGCCCUUCCUGGGCCCCUCAAUGACCCCUUCACGUAGCAGUGGGCCUGUACGUCGGACGGUCAUCACCCGAGUGUUUGAGGCAGUGAGGGCCCUGGCCCUGUGUCACAAUGUCACCCCUGUCUAUGAGGAGAGUGACAACAGUGAGGCUGGAUACGAAACUGAGGCUGACCAACAGAGUCAGCAGGAAGUGGUGUACCAGGCCUCCAGUCCCGACGAGGUAGCACUAGUGACGUGGACAGAGAGUGUGGGGCUGACGUUACUGAAGAGAGAUCUGAACUCCAUGCAGCUGCGAGCCCCCAACGGCUCGGUCAUCAACUAUCACAUCCUCCAUAUCUUCCCCUUCACCUCGGAGACCAAGAGAAUGGGGAUCAUUGUUAAGGAAGAGAAAACAGGAGAGAUUUCCUUUUACAUGAAAGGAGCUGAUGUUGUUAUGCAGACAAUUGUACAGUAUAAUGAUUGGCUGGAAGAAGAGUGUGGAAAUAUGGCAAGAGAAGGGCUUCGUACUUUGGUGGUUGCCAAGAAAAUACUGACUGAAGAACAGUACCAAGAAUUUGAUAAUCGGUAUCAUCAAGCUAAGAUGAGCAUCCAGGACAGAAAUACCAAAGUCCAAGGGGUGAUAGAGAGCUUGGAGAGGGACAUGGAGCUGUUGUGUCUGACCGGGGUUGAGGACAAGCUACAGGAUGGGGUCAGGCCGACCCUUGAAAUGCUGAAAAAUGCUGGCAUCAAGGUGUGGAUGCUGACAGGGGAUAAACUGGAGACGGCUAUAUGUAUCGCCAAGAGUUCCAAGCUGGUGUCCAGGACUCAGGACGUCCACAUCUUUGGUGUGGUCAACGGCAGAACGGAGGCUCACUUACAGCUGAACGCGCUCAGGAAGAAACAAGACAAUGCUCUGAUAAUCACUGGCAACUCUCUACAGGUGUGCCUUAAAUACUAUGAACACGAGUUUGUGGAGUUGGCCUGUCAAUGUCCGUCAGUCGUCGUCUGUCGAUGUUCUCCAACUCAGAAAGCUGACAUCGUAAAGCUCCUACAGAACCACACAGGCAAACGCACAUGCUCGAUAGGGGAUGGAGGAAAUGAUGUCAGCAUGAUUCAAGCAGCCAAUGUUGGAGUGGGAAUCGUGGGUAAAGAGGGUAAGCAGGCAUCCCUUGCCGCCGAUUUCUCCAUCACUCAGUUUAGUCACAUUGGUCGACUCCUGAUGGUGCAUGGCAGAAACAGUUACAAACGCUCAGCUGCCCUCAGUCAGUUCGUCAUGCAUCGUGGCCUGAUCAUCUCAACAAUGCAGGCCGUAUUCUGCUCCGUGUUUUAUUUUGCGUCUAUUGCUCUAUUCCCAGGCUUUCUCAUGAUUGGCUAUGCCACCGUUUAUACAAUGUACCCAGUGUUUUCCCUGGUGCUUGACAAGGAUGUUUCCGCGGAAACAGCAAUGACCUAUCCAGAACUGUAUAAGGAACUAGUCAAGGGGAGAUCACUUUCCUUUAAAACCUUUUUCCUGUGGGUUCUUAUCAGUAUAUAUCAAGGUGGUAUCAUUAUUUACGGUGCUCUGUGGCUUUUUGACGAGGACUUUGUUCACGUGGUGUCCAUAACCUUCACUGCCCUGAUUCUGACAGAACUGCUGAUGGUUGCCUUGACGAUAAGAACCUGGCAUUGGGCCAUGGCUGUAGCUGAAGUGUUCAGUUUGGCAAUCUAUAUCGCUUCUCUCAUCGUUUUGCGGAAUUACUUUGAUGGGACCUUUCUGAGGACCUUUGACUUUAUAUGGAAAGUGGUGGCCAUUACGUCAGUUAGCUGUAUACCCUUGUAUAUCCUAAAGUACCUGCGCAAGAAGUUCUCUCCCCCUGUAUAUGCCAAAUUAACAUGAUGAACUUCUCAAUUCAGUUUCUUUUUGACUGAUUCAUUAAGUUACCGGUAUGUGUACGGUACAUUAUAAGGAAAUCACCAAACAAAAGUUAAUACUUGCCUCCAUGUGAAAUACUUGUGUAUUGUAUGUGUAUUCUGAGCUUAUUGGAUUUCUCAUCUCUAAUGUUAGGAAGUGAUCCCAGGGUGUUUCAAAACAUGUCCCAACUUUACCAUGUAGACUUCUCAACAGUUCUAGUUUUUAGUCAUUCCAGUUUACAAUAUUUUCAUUGUAAAAAAUCGACAUUCUGUAAGUGCUUUGCUUGAUGAAUGAUAUGUAAAACCAUGCAUUUAGUGUGAUACUUUUAAUGAUGUCUUGUACAAUCAGUGCUCUGUCAAAUUUUUACUAAUGGAAACUAUCAGUCUUUCUGUGCAGUUCAAUUUUCUCUAUUGCUUAUAUUUCUUUUUGUUUUUUGUUUUCUUUCCUUUUUAAUAUGUUUUACCGAUAUAUAUUAUUGAUGAUUCAAGAACUUGAUGUUGGAUGGAUCCGAUGUUCUUAAAGAAGCAUGUCCAUAUCUUGGAUUACAGCAGUAUAAAUGAUUAAAAUAAUAACUCAGCUAUUACCUAUAGCACUUAUAUGGAUAUUAAAGUUUGUUUCAUAAUGAAAUGGUAAGAAAUCGAUAACUAAAAUAAAGUUAUAACUAAAAUAAAGUUGCUUUUGAAAUGGUAAUAAAUUUGUGACUACUUUUUCAAAAUUUUCUUUUAAAAUGAAGACCAACAUUCUGAUUUCUGUUUUAAGUAAAGCAAACUUUGGAUUCAAAACAAGUUGCAUACUAUCCACAGGGUCUAAAUGUUUACAGUUUCAUUGUCUAGAGCAGCCAGACAUACUUGCACCUAUGUAAUAAGCCGAUUCAUUGAGAUUAAUGUUAUUCUUGUACGUGUUUUAUAUUUAUUGCUACAACUUUUUUUCUGGGGCAUGGUAAACCUCUGAAAAUUAAAAAAAAUAUUCCAUCAAAUGU